CCUCUUUCUAUGUGUCUCUUUCGCGAGAGAGCGUAAAAGACAAGAAAAUAAAGAGAUAAUUCGUGCCGUCUGCGAGAAUGUGCGUCUACGUUGCUUCACCGUGGUAUGUUUGUAUGUGUGUGUGUGUGUGUGUGUGUGUGUGUUAUUCAAUGUGAUGUUAGCGAUUAUUACGUAGGGUCUGCGAUUGUCAUCGACAGAAUAAUCAAGACGCGCGAGAUUAGAGCCUAAGUGUGAGUUAUACUUGGACCCUUGGUCGAUUUUCCGAUUGUACUUGCGAGGAAACGCGCGUGCUAAACGGUACCCUUCGGGCGUUCGCUCGUCCGUCCAACGACGACGACGACAACGACGACGGGCCUUGCGUUGCACACAGGUUAUUCUUAAUUAAGAGUUAAUCAGUGCAAUAUUCCGCGGCCGCGCGCUGCGGGGACAGGUGGUCGCACACGUCGGCCUUGCGUCGCGCGAUGAGUCGAAUCUCGCGAGCGAGCACGUGUGUGUAUGAGACAAAAUUCUCAUCACUGUAAGCGUCGCGAUCACACGUGUGUAGCACAACGACUGCUACCGAUCACUGACAAUAAAUUAAUAGAGAGAGAGAGAGAGAGAGAGAGAGAGAGAGUGCGUGUUGGUCCAGUCUCUCGAAAGAAUGAACGAAAGAGCGCGUCGCGUCACCGAACCGAAUUUGAUUUUUUAUCGAGUAUAUUCGCCCGGAGAUGUCCCAUGAGGAAGAUCGAGUGAGUGCAAAGGUCUCGGUGCGAAGACGCCGUGACUGACCCAGUUUUGUAGCAGCGCCUAGAAAUAUGCAGAUCCAUACGAUAAUACCGUUAGGAAGGUCAUGCCGUAACGAUCACCAACGGGCGGAACGAACCAAUCGUUUUCCCCCAUCAAAUUCACUCAGUCUGUUCUAUCGCGAAGCUCUCAUCGGGACUUUUGCACUCGCUCGAUAUCUGCUCGCACGGGAGAAAACGCUCUCCCUCGAGAUUCAUUUCAGGCGCGAUCGAUUACGACGCCUCGGACUUCGCCGAUGCGAUCGCGUCAUCGGACACCUCGCCGUCGAGCGGAUUGUUCGCCGAUCGGGGGGUGCCCGUGCACGUCGCUACCGCGUGUAGUCUAGCGGCUGGUUCACGUUUCCUACAAGUAUCGGUGUGUCAUUGGCGUUCUCGAGAGGGACUCUCGAUAUAUAGGUCACCAAGUGAUGACCCCUCGGACGACCCCGAACGUCCGACAUUUGACACGCUACGACGCAGGCAUAUUAAAUUUACGAUAUAUUUUAUUUCUGUCCGAACGCCAACGCGUACACGCAUACCACCCAUACACAGCCGAGGAUGUCGCGGGGAAGGAGAGGAGAAGGAGGGGGGAGGGAAAGAAUGCGGGAAAGCGAGGGAAUGAAGGAAGGAAAAAAAUGCAUACGCCGUCGGUUUGUUCGCUUGCGCGGCUUUCGAAAUAGGUCUCGCGCGCGCCUCCGACAUGCGACUCGCGGUGAAUAGCAGAAGGAGAAAGAAAGAUAGAAGAGAUCGGAUCGCACACACGGUCGAUGUUGGUCCUUCGCCGAUCGGCCGAUCGGGCUGAAUCAUCGGACGCGCGUCGAAUCUUCACUUUUCUCCUCGCUUUUCGCGAGGCCAGAUUUUUGGCUGGAGAGUGCGGAUCGAUAAGACCGUUUUAGCAUUGAUAAGGGAGGGAAUGCAUAAUUAAUCACGCCGCGCGGAUAAGCGUUUCACAGCGAUCCCGCUCGUCGCGUCGCGAGCGGGAAACGCGUUUUAUCGGACCGGUGUUACUGGUUGUUGCGAUCGGCCGCUCAGGCGAGAUAAUAAGCCAACAAACCGGCGAGUGUGUCGUGUCCCGCUCCAGUCUUAUGCUCCUGUCCUACGGGCAGCGUCGCGAGAGAGUUUACACCUGUGAGUCCACGAGUGCGCGCCAUUUCGAGAGCUCGAAGGCGGCGCUCCGCGUUCAUUGCAGUCGAAUCACACAAAUCACGGUGACGGGCCGCGCCGUGAAAAUUCGGCGACGCGACUCCGUCGACUCUCUUUCGUCUACGCUCGCGCGUACGCGAUAUAUUUUCUCGCUCUGGUCCGCUUUGUGAAUAUUCUCUUCGAUGGAACACAGUGUUAACCGCACACCUGUACUCUUCUGCUGAAAUUUCGGCACACACGACGGUCCGGUGGUCCGGUCGACGAUAACGUGGCAUAUGUUACUGCGUGAGUGACAGCGGGCGAACGCGAUAACACGAAAGGCGAGAGUGAUGGGAAUCGACGGCAUGAGGGUCGGCGGAGGCAGAUGCCCGCCUCUCUUGGUCAUAGCCUUGCUCUUGGUGUGCCUCAUGCUCUUCUGCAACUGGUGGGCUCUGUCAUCUGAGAAUGUGGAGCUGGUCAGGCAGAUCGACGAGCUGAACGAGCAGCUGAAGAUCAGUGCUGAAGAGAGAGAUCAGUGUGUAACAUUACGCGGUAACCUAGAGCAGAGGUAUAAACAUACAGAGGAUGAAUUAGCUUCUCUGCAUGUCCGCUUGGAACAGCAGAUGGAUUUCAAGAAGAAAAAUGAGGAGCUAGAGGACUCUGUUACCGUGUGCAAGAGUGAACUGGACUCGUUAAAUAAAUUGGAUGCCACUAAAACUGCAACACUGGAGACACUCCGAUUAGAAAAGGAUACGAUUAAUACGCAGUUAGAUGUGAAACGUGAUGAGAACAAGAAACUUCAGGAGGAUGUAGAAAAGCUAAAAGUAGAAGUUGAACAAUUAAAACUCGGUUGCAAUUCCCCACCUGACAAAAAAGAGGCUCCAGUUCUUCAACCAGCAACGACAGUGGUCAUUAACAAGUCUCAGUUGCACCGGGUACCGGAGUCUGCCGUAAGAGUAACCGUAGCUGGUCAGCGAGGCUUGAAGUACCACGGGAUUCCAAUCCUACCGACAGACCCACCCGGUGCUGUGCGCCAAACUCCUCGUUUCUCAGUAACUAUGUUGAAAGCUGAAAUGGAUUCGAAACAGAACGGCACAUCGAAUAACGCCGCGGAGCAGGAUGCCGUAGUUGCCGACGACUUAGAGGAUCCUGACCGUGCACGUGAUAAUGCUGAUGAGGUUCAAAGUACAGACGGGACUGUGCUACUUCCAGAUAAUUACGAGGAGGAAACGAAAGCGCAGGAUGCCACAGGAAAACCUGAGGAUAAAAAUAUAUAAUACGAUGCAAUAUGUAAUCUAGAGGUGAACGAUACGUGCAAUUUUGCAAUAACUGGCGAGCUAACAAUUAGACUACGUACACAAAUAAAACGAAAAAGCCCAUAUGACACUCGCUCCACUCGCGCAAGAUACUUUAUACUGCUCAUUCAAUUGUGUCAUACUUAAUUGUUUACGAUAGAAAUAUUUUUAUACGUAGAUAUUCUCUUAUAAGAGAGACAUAUAUAUGCGCAAUUAAUCGCAUUUCUCUUUAUACUACCAACGUCAUAACGUUACAAAGUAACACACGUGCCAAAUUAUGUGUUCAUUAUUUCCUGUAUGCACAUAAUUAUGGCUGUUUCUUGUACUUUUUAUAUAUCUUGUAUUUCAUUAUCUAUAUGUAUUUAUGUAUAAUAAGCGAACCAAUUACGCCAUAAUUGUUGUAAGGUCUGAUAAACAAAUAGCAAAAAGUU